GUGAAAGCACCAACUUUAUAAGCAAUGUCUGUGUGCUUUAGGCUUAUUCUUGUAGCAAGUGUUAUCACAAUGGCUUCCACAUGCUUUCAGUGUAAUUCAAAAGUAGUGAAGAUAUUUGAAAAGAUCAGAAAAGAAGUGAUACCCAUUCAGGUUCAGGAGAGCAAACUUCGGAACAGAUGUGAUAAACUGGGGAAGGAAAUGGCCAGCAAUUUCUUCAAAGACUAUGCUGUAAAGCACUUCACAGGUAUAUUGGAAGUUCAUCAUUACAACGCAUUGGUUGAUUACAUUCAGACAGAAGCACAAACACUUCUUGAUUCAAAGGAAAAAGACCAACAUUUUCUGGAUACUUUGGCAACAUUUCGAAAUCAAACAACAAUGAAAUUAAAAUCUGCUCUUAAGGUUUACCAUGACAAAGCUUGUUCGCCCACUGAGUGUGGUUGGCUAAAGUUGGAUGUGUUCAGCUGCAUCACAUGUAAAACAGUAAAACCAUUCUGCCUGAGUCGCCAAGUUUGCAUGGUGGAUGAAAAAAGAAUCUCACUUGAAUUUAAUGAACAAGGAGAGAAAGCAAAAAUGUUAUCAAAUGGAUUGUUCACCGCAGGAGUUUCAGCAUUUAUUUUACUGUCUGCAAUGGGCCUUCUGACAUUGAUGUACUGGCUGAGAAAGAGAGCACUACUUGAAAGAACAAUCAUUGUCUGAACAGCUGAAGGGGACAUUCCUAAUUUUAGUUUUCUCACUAAAACACCUAAGA